AUGAAUAAACAACAAAAAACAGGCAAAAAAAUACGAUCUCUUGAUGAAGUUUUACAGUCAUAUAGAGAUUUGAUAAAUGGCUCGGAGAUGUUUUCAAAUUUAAAGGAAACUUUAUCUCAACACAAGGAUGAAAUACAUAGCAUACGAUGUUUGGCAAUUGGAUCAUUUACCCAAGAUUUUCCUGCGAAGUAUCAAAUCGCAUUACUGCUAGAACUUAUAGCUUAUUUACAGAGCAAUGAGAACACAAUUCAGGUUUCUAUAUAUGACCCAGUAUUUAAUGGUUCUGAUUUAGAAUAUCUGGUUAAAAACUACCCCAAAUGGGAAACAAAAUAUGAAGUUGACAAAGAAGUAUUUAACUCGAAUUCAACGUUAUUCUUUCUUCCACAUGCACCAUUAGAUUUAACUGAACAAGUACUGCAAACGGAGAAACCUAAAUUCUUUCUGGCAAACAAUAUCAUCCAACAUACAGACAGGUAUACGAAGGGAGAGUUAAAUGAAAAAUAUCCACUUUUAAGUAAGCUUGUACACUUGGUAGAAUCUAAAUCUGAAACAGCACAACCACAAGAGGUCGCCGUUUCUGCAUCAAAAGAUGGUUUUGAGGCAUUUGUGCCCAAGAGAAAAAGGAAACAAAAAUCAAAAUAUAAAUUAAUUGAAAAAGUCAUCGAUUUCGAUAGUAUUCAAUCCACAUUUACACAAUGUACCAUUACCACUACAUUCGAAGAAGGAAAACUGUUAAGGGAUAAACCCUGGGUUAAUUCAUUCUCUGAUUUAGCAAUGCAUAUUAUAUAA